AUGCUUAAAGAUGAAGAAGAGAAAAAAAAGGACGGAAAGAAACCAAGAAAGAAAAAGAAAAAAAACGAAGGAAAGGAAAUCGAGCUGUUGUAA